AGAGAGACACAGAGAGGGGGAAAGUGUGCUGGGCUCCAGCGAGGAGGAAAGAGACACAAACCAGGAGAGACGGGCACAACUUUCUUCCAGACUGUCUCUUAUAGGCUAUAUUUUUUUAACCGAGAGGGUUUUUGGUGUGUUUUAAAAGAGCAGCUGAAAAGUGCACAAAUUAUCACGGCACCGUAUUUUGAGUCGUUCAUUUUUUUUCUGGAGGGGGCUCGAAAUUAAAUUUUGAGUGAAGUGGAUGUGAAAAGCGGGCGAAGGUUUAACACAGAGCCGGAGGAAUGUAUCCAACUCGGGCAGCAGCGAGCCAGCGUCUGUGGAGAUGUCCAACGUGCGCUCUCUGGAUCGCCCUGCUCCUCCACAGUGUCCAGGACCUGAGCGCGUCUGGGUCUGAGUUUCCCCAAGACCCCAGUGUGAUAGCUACCACUUCAUGGAACACCUCUAGUGAUGGGCCCUUCUUCAUCCGUCUGGAAGCUCCCAUGAACAACAUCACCACCUCUCUGGGACACACAGCUGAGCUUUUCUGCCGUGUGUCCGGCAACCCACCGCCCACUGUGCGCUGGCUGAAGAACGACGCCCCUGUGGUGCAGGAGCCAAGACGGGUCUCGUACCGGUCCACGCCUUACGGAUCACGCCUCCGCAUCCGCAACCUGGACACUACUGACACGGGCUACUUCCAGUGCACGGCCACCAACACCCAGGGCACCGUGUCCACGACAGGCGUGCUGUUUGUCAAAUUCGAUCCACUCCCUACACCUCUGCCAGGAAGGCCAACGGACGAUUUUGAUGAAGAGGGAUUCUGCCAGCCGUACAGAGGCAUAGCCUGCGCCCGCUUCAUCGGUAACCGCAGCAUCUUCGUCGACUCGCUGCAGAUGCAGGGCGAGAUCGAGACCCAGAUCACAGCGGCCUUCACCAUGAUCGGGACAUCCAACCAUUUGUCCGACCGUUGCUCCCAGUUUGCCAUCCCUUCUCUCUGCCACUUUGCCUUCCCGACGUGUGACCGCAGCUCUGGGACCGACAAACCUCGGGACCUGUGUAAGGAUGAGUGUGAGAUCCUGGAGAACGACUUGUGUAAGACAGAGUACAUCAUCGCCCGCUCCAACCCCAUCAUCUUGAAGAGACUGAAGCUGCCCAACUGUGAGGACCUGGCUGCCUCUGACAGCCCCGAGGCUGCCAACUGCCUGAGGAUCGGUAUCCCCAUGGCCGAGCCUAUAAACAAGAAUCACAAGUGUUACAACAACAGCGGGGCAGACUACAGAGGGACAGUCAGCAUGACUAAAUCAGGCCGCCAGUGUCAGCCGUGGAACUCCCAGUAUCCUCACAGCCACACCUACCUGGCCGUCCGCUACCCAGAGCUGAACGGAGGGCACUCGUACUGCCGUAAUCCUGGGAACAAGCUCGAGGCCCCAUGGUGCUUCACGCUGGAUGAGGGGGUCCGCAUGGAGCUGUGUGACAUACCCGUCUGUGACCAUAAAGACAAGUCUGGCGGCAGCAACAUGGAGAUCUUGUACAUCCUGGUUCCCAGCGUGGCGAUCCCAUUGGCCAUCGCCUUGCUCUUCUUCUUCAUUUGUGUGUGCCGCAACAACCAGAAGUCCCCCAGACCUCCUGCCCCUCGCCAGCCCAAACCAGUCCGGGGACAAAACGUUGAGAUGUCCAUGCUCACAACUGCGUACAAGCCGAAGAGUAAGGCCAAAGAGCUUCCUCUGUCGGCUGUGCGUUUCAUGGAGGAGCUUGGAGAGUGCUCUUUAGGGAAGGUCUACAAGGGUCACCUGUAUCUGCCGGGCAUGGACCAGGCGCAGCUCGUGGCUAUAAAGACCCUGAAGGAUGUCUCCAAUGCUCAACAGUGGAAUGACUUCCAGCAGGAGGCUGCAGUGCUGACAGAGCUGCAGCACCCGAACGUGGUGUGCCUGCUGGGUGUGGUGAUCCAGGAGCAGCCCGUGUGUAUGCUUUUUGAGUUUUUGCCCCAAGGCGACCUCCACGAGUUCCUCAUCAUGCGUUCACCGCACUCUGACGUUGGCUGUAGCAGCGAUGAGGAUGGCACGGUGAAAUCCAGUCUGGAUCAUGGAGACUUCCUGCACAUGUCCAUACAGGUGGCUGCUGGGAUGGAGUACUUGGCCAGCCACUUUUACACACAUAAAGACCUUGCAGCUCGGAACAUUCUGGUAGGUGAACAGCUCCACGUCAAGAUCUCUGACCUGGGUCUCUCCAGAGAGAUCUACUCCUCAGACUACUACUGCGUCCAGCCCAAAACUCUGCUGCCCAUCCGCUGGAUGUCCCCAGAGGCUAUCUCUUACGGCAAGUUCACCACAGACUCUGACAUCUGGUCGUUCGGAGUUGUUCUGUGGGAGAUCUUCAGCUACGGUCUGCAGCCCUAUUAUGGCUUCUCCAACCAGGAAGUGAUGGAGAUGGUGAGAAAGAGGCAGCUGCUGCCCUGCCCUGAGGACUGUCCACCAAGGUUUUAUGGUUUGAUGACUGAAUGCUGGCAGGAGGGACCAUCACGUCGAACGCGCUUCAAGGACAUCCACGCCCGCCUGCGAUCCUGGGAAGGGCUUUCAUCCCAUGCCAGCUCCAGCACACCCUCUGGUGGUGGAGGCAACGCCACCACCCAAACCACCUCGCUAAGCGCCAGCCCCAUCAGCAACCUCAGCAACCCCCGCUACGCCGCUGCUGCCGCCGCUGCAGGGUACCUCUACCCAGCACAGGCUAUCCCCACACCGGGCCAGAUGGCCCCGAUUCAAGCCUGGACGCCCAUGGCUGUUACGCAAACCCACCAGCGCUUUAUCCCCGUCAAUGGAUACCCCAUCCCACCAGGAUACGCAGCUUUCCCAGCCCACUUCCCUCCCCCGGCUCCACCAACCAGGGUCAUCCAGCACCACCUGCCCCCUCCCAAAAGCCGCUCACCCAGCAGCGCCAGCGGCUCCACCAGCACGGGUCACGUCAGCGGAGUGCCCUCCACCACGGGCUCCAACCAUGACGCCAACACGCCGCUGCUCUCCCACUGCAUCAUGCCAGGGAGCGGCGGAGGGCAGGUUCAGGUGUACGGACAAGUUUCCCAGAAGGGAGUGGGACAACUGGACCACGCAUCACAAACAGCGCUGCUCGCUGCUGAUUCUGAUGUACUGAUGUACAACGACUCGGUCAUCACCGCAGACCUGUAGAUAGAUUAGAAGAUAUUCACACUCUUUCUGCUCGGGACCCACAUCUGAGGUUUAGCCUCUCACCCAGGGACCCAGUCUAACAACUCUGGUCACAUGGACCCUCAACAGAAACUGCCCUGUACGCACAUUUGAGUGUGCGAGAAACACUGCCGCAGCUACACAAGUAUAUACACAGCUGACUCUCUAAUGCCUUAUUGUUUAAAGCAUGUGUACUUACCACCAUGGUGUGAAAAUGUUGUGUUAUUAUUUUAACCUCUUUGUAAAUACGGUACAUAAGUCCUGAAUGAAUGAGUGAAAUACAAAGAUAUAUAUUCAAAAGAACUUUUUAUUAAGGAAAAACUUUAAAGGUGAAAAGGUAGCAAGUCCAUCCUGCGUUUGUGUCACAGUCGGACAAGAAGUUCCUGUGUCAAUGGACUGUUUCAUGCAUGAUGUGAAGGAAACACUGACACUCAUACCAUGACUUUAAGGUGCCUUUAAGCAGCGAUGUGACUUGCUUGUUUCUUGACGUGUAAAAACACAAAAAAUGUGUGUGUACAUUUGUUUGUACAGUAAAAGAAACAACAUUUAGCGAGCAAUAACCGAGCGAACAAAAAUGGGAACAGCAGACUGAAUAACUGAGAAGCUAAGCAGCUUUUUCUGAGAAAACCAGCGCGGACCUGCUUAAACACACCAGUAUACGAAGGGUACAGGUGGCCUGCCUUUUGGGUUUCUUGUAGAGCAGGCAGACAGCUACAGCUAUGUGACAGCUCCCCACUGAAGCAGCUUGAAUUAAGACAGAUACAGGUGAUAAGUCUGUUACAAAUGCUCAUCCAGGCACUGAGAUUCGGCGUUUUCACACAAAAUCCCUUCAGAAAUGACACCUGAAUGUUUUUUGCGAAACCUCAACAUGAUUAUUUGACACUUUUGCAACAUGGUCACAAGCCUCUUUGCCUUUUUUAAAAUGUCAGUACACGACUUCUCAGGCGGAGGAACACGGACAUACUUCUUAUUGGACAAUAAACUCUUCAUCCGCCUUCUUUCUCCCCCCAAUCCACUCUCUAUCACCCUCACCUAUUUCCCCCCACCCCCUUCUCUCCUCUCGUACCGUCUUCCAACCCUCCCAGCGGACAUGGCAUCUAACUUCAAAAGCUGGACAGCACAGCGCUCAUAUCCUCCACAGUUUGACUGGACCGGUCUCAGGGCACAAACAUUUCACCACGCGAGAGCUGGGGUAAAUUUACUGUCAGUGAUGUAAAGUUAAAAUUUCACCCUCAUGAAAGAACAAUUUUAUUGUAAAUUGGAUAUGGACUCUAAAUUUUUUAUGGGAGAGUUUUUGUAGUAUUUGAAUUUUGAAGGAACCUUUGAGGAAGAUUUUAUUUAAAGGACUCGUCUUCAUGUCUGUGUCCCUUCACUUUCCUGUUUUCCAGCAUCUGUGUUGUGCAUAAAACACCUUUCAGGACAGGGAGGAGAGAAAGUACUCAAAGUGUGGAGGCUGAUGGUAGAUAAUGUUACCACUACAAAAAUCAGCCUCAUGAACAUGAACCGAACCACCUAUAAAUAUUAUAUUUGAGGUGCUUACAUGUAUGGCCACUCUGUGCCUGAACCGAAGAAUGUUUGACCUAAUCGAGGAUCAAUUUCAUGAGCUGGGUACAGACUGUAUCACAAUGUGUGCAGAGAUUUUUGGUUCUAUAUCAGUAAAUGAUCAAUUGCAGCUUUUAAAAGCAAACGAACACGAUGAAUUUGCCCAUAUAGUUUCUUGUGAGUCUCUAAAAUCACAGCUGUUUUUAUAUUUCAACACGUCCAGCAGCAGGUAAUCAUAUAUUUACAAGAAUAUUCUUUUGAUAUGAAGAAUUAGGUAAAUGAUUGAUAAUUCUCAGUCCUGUAAUCACACAAAUUAUGCCUCAGCUGUUAUUAUGAUAGUUGAACAGAAGCACGGUUAAAUAUGAAGCUUUUGUUGUGAAGAAAAAAGGCAUAGAAACAGCUGCAGUGAAAGAACGGUUUGUGAUUUUAGUUCCCUUCUCCUGUACCUUCUGUGUAGUAGACAAUCAUUGGGUUUGAAUGGUCAUAAAAGUGUCCCAGACAUGUUGCACUCUGCUGGUUUUAAAGGUCCACUGUGUAAGAUUUAGCGGGAUAUAUUGGCAAAAAUGGAAUAUAAUUUUAAAAGUUAGUUUUCUUCAGUGUAUAAUCACAUGCAAGUAAGAAUUGUUGUGUUUUUAUUACCUUAGAAUUAGCCGUUACAUCUACAUAGGGAAAAAGUCCUUGCCUACAGGGAUGGCCAUAUUGCGCCACCAUGUUUCUACAGUAGCCCAGAACAGACAAACCAAACACCGGCUCUGUAUAGGAUCAUUCAUGGUUUCACAUUGGCCACUGUAGUUUGCAUUCCCUCCGUGAUGAGACCAUUGGAGUCAGACUGCUUUAUUCAGUGUUUUUACCAUUUUAAAAGUUUGUUUUAACAGAAAAAAGUGAGUACAAAUAAAGACUUCUACCCAGGAGAAGCUUCAGCUGGUUGCAAUCCGCAAUCCUCACCACUAGAUGGCACUAAAUCCCUCUAAAUCUUACACACUGUUCCUUUAACAGACUUUAAGUCUAUCACUCAGUGGUAUUUGCUAAUCUAGAAUGACACAAGGGUACUCUGAUAACUUUUUACUGUGGAUGUGUAAAGCAUCAAGUGCAGUGAAAAUGGCUCGUUCUCUACAGUGCCUUCUUUUUUAAUAAUAGGGCUUUUGAGUUGACAUUUGUGAAAUGUAGAUAGACAAGUCUGUGUUCAGUAUUUAGUUCAUGUACCCUUAAACAUUUCAAACCAUGGCUACUUUCUGAUAUCACUACAACUGCAGACUAAAAUCAAAAUAAAUCAGAUUUUAUUAGAUUUAGAUUUUUAGCAUUAGAUUUUAGACAUUAGACCCUAGCCUUUGUUUAACCUGAGAUAAUUUAUUCAAACCAGUUUUGGUCGACAGAAGCCGAUAGUCUGCCGUUAGCAAAAUGAAGGGAGAAGAUUGUUUUUGUUCCUCAUGUCAAACCGAGUCCAAGAUUAUUUGAACGGUUUUAAGUUAAUUUUCCCAUUGAGGUUUUAUUUCAUCGCUGUCUUUCGUCUCUUUGUAUUUUUGUUCCUCUGAAGCAGAGUGAGCUACCUUUGCGUCUGAGUUCGUACAUGUUCCAUCCAGCAUUAAAGGAUUUAUGUGUACUAAUAUAGCAGUGCAAAAACCACUUGUACACAAGACUGUGAAUCUUAAUCAAGUCUAGAUAUUUUUGUAUUUGGCAGAAAAAAAAAAAGUUUUUUGAAUUCUAGAUCCAUUCUUAAAAACAAAAAAAUACAAGUACAUUAUAUCUUAAUAACAGUGUACCCGUUGCAGGUUUACAUGCUUAUCCUUUUGACCAAGAGGCCUUGUCUUUUGUAUUUUGUCUGAACAUUUUUGCACAGAUGUUUUGUAUUGCAAAAUCAUUUAUUAAAUGAUGUUGUUUGGUUAAA